AUGACUUUAGGUGAAUCGGAUGAAAAGAAAAAAAUACGAAAAAAGACUAUAAAUCUGCUAUUUCAUAACGAAGAAGUAGAUGCUAAUAAAACGGAUUCUGCUUGUUUAAUUUGCCUUGGUUCAUACAUUAAUCCUGUUAGCACGUCUUGCGGGCAUGUUUUUUGUUGGAAUUGUAUUGAAGAAUGGUAUUUAUCUAAUAAACAUGAAUGUCCAGUUUGUAGAAAUCAUUUAAGUCUUUUUGAUGUGACUAAAUGUAAACUUCAAGAUACUGAAAGAAUGGAAAAGUUUACUAAAAAUAGAAGGGUUAUUUAUCCUGGUUUGGCUAGAAACUAUAGAAGUUUUGGAGGGACUAUUCUUGAAGACGAAGAAAAUGACAGGCCUAGUUACAAGAUUUUAUUUGCAACUUUGUUGUUUUUCUCUGUUGGAUGGCUGAUAUAUAUUUUAAUUUUUGGCUAA